AUGGCAGAAGAUCACUCAGUCUCAGGGUCUGCGACCACAACAUUGAACAAUGAAGACAAUCACAACAACAAUACAACGACGAUACACCAAUCAGAGAAAAUGAAUAUAGAGGCCGCGAGUAUCGAUACAACUACCACCAUGGAAACACACAAUAAUAUUGAGAAAGAAAAUGAAAGAGGACACACCUUCAACCACGACAUAUCAGACGAGGAAGAAGACUUCUCCUCCAACCCUAAAAAAGUGCAAGACGCCACCGCCGGCCAAAUGGAUUUGACACGCACCACGUCCAGCGUCAGAUAUGUGGAGGGGAUGAAAUUGUAUAUUCUCAUGGCGUCCAUGACUUUAAUCUUCUUUUUGGUCAUGGUUGAUAUUUCUAUUGUUUCUACGGCUGUGCCGAAGAUUACGAGCGAUUUUAAUUCUUUGGAGGAUGUGGGUUGGUACGGAACUGCAUAUCAAUUGGCUUGUGCCUCUCUCCAACCCCUCGCCGGAAAAGUCUACUCCAAUUUCCGCCCAAAGAGCAUCUACUUAGUAUGCUUCUUAAUCUUCGAAAUCGGCUCGCUCAUCUGCGGCGUCGCACAAUCCUCUACAAUGCUCAUCAUCGGCCGCGCCAUUGCCGGUAUCGGUUCUUCGGGACUCAUGAACGGCGCCUUGACAAUCCUAUCAACCUCAAUGCCCCUACAUAAACGUCCCACGUAUUUCGGUAUCAUGAUGGGAUUUGCUCAAAUGGGGACGAUCCUGGGUCCGAUUAUCGGUGGUGCGUUUACCACGUAUGUUAAUUGGCGGUGGUGCUUUUAUAUCAACCUCCCCGUUGGCGGUGUCGCGGGUGCAAUUAUGCUAUUCUUCAUCCAAGUUCCCGACGUAGUCAAACCGCGCACUGAAUCCAUCAUGACCAUCAUCACACGCAAACUCGAUAUUAUGGGGUUCUUCCUCUUUGCGCCUGCUGCAAUCCAGGUGUUUUUGGCCUUGGAAUGGGGUGGAAGUAAAUACGCCUGGAACAGCGCCACCAUUAUCGGACUCUUUUGCGGUUCGGGUGCAACCAUCAUCCUUUUCGGGGUGUGGGAAUACUACCAAGGCGAUAAUGCCAUGGCACCCUUUUCGAUCUUGAAGAUAAGACAUGUCUGGGCAUCGUGUCUUGUGAUGUUCUUGUUCUUUGGAUGUUUGCAGAUUGCAUCCUAUUAUCUGCCCAUUUAUUUCCAGACGGUUCGUGGCUCGACCGCGAUUGUGAGUGGUGUGCACAUGUUACCCAACGUAUUGAGCCAGCUGAUUUCUACCGUCGCUUCUGGCGCCUUCGUCGGACGAUUGGGCUACUACCUCCCCUGGAUCAUAGCAUCCUCCACCCUCAGCGCCGUCGCCCUAGGUCUCCUAUCAACCUUCUCCCCCACCACCUCAGCCGGUGAAUGGAUCGGCUACCAAGUCCUGCUCGGCUUCAGCCGCGGUCUAGGGAUGCAAAUGCCUAUCAUUGCAGUGCAAAACAGCAUAAACCCCAAAUUCGUCCCCGUCGCCAUGGCCCUGGUCACAUUUGGACAGACCUUUGGCGGCGCCGUAUUCUUAGCAAUUGGCGAAACCAUUCUCUCGAAUCAAUUGAGAACAAAUAUCCCCAAGUAUGCGCCCGGUGUUGAUACAGCGUCGAUUAUUGCGGCGGGCGGUUCGGGACCUGCUGUUAGAGCUGCUGUGGGCGACAAUCCGGUCGGAUUGGCGGGCACGUUGCUUGCGUACUCGAAGAGCGUGGAUGCGGUGUAUUGGUUUGCGGCUAGUGCGGCGGCCGUCAUGUUUGUGGCUUCGUGGGGGAUGGGGUGGAAGGAUAUCAGGAAGAAGGAUGCGCCGCCGAAGGUAGAUGUUGAGAGUGCAGCUGCCGCAUGUUGA